UUCCAAAAUAAAAUGGACACUACACACAAGCUGAAGAUUUUUGUGAUGUUCCUGUCUCUGGCUACUUUCACAGUCAUGGUGAUACUGAAUGCUGGCAACGCCACUGGACUAUUCAAAGGUCUAUUCCAGAGCACCCCAGGAAACAUCUCGGGGAAGUACAAUACUGACUUCACACCAGCUGGCAAAACUUUCCUCAUCUGGAAUGUCAUCUAUGCUUGGCAGCUUGCGUGGCUGCUCUACGCGUUGUCAGGGAUCUGUCGAAGGAAUGAACUUGGAUGUGUUUACCUUGAGCCAGACUUGCUGCCAAUACCUUUUUACGUGACGUGGAUACUAAAUAAUGGCCUGAAUGUUGGAUGGCUCUUUCUGUGGGACCGUGAGUAUCUCCUCCCAGCCCUGGUGUUCCUGGCUGCCCUCACUUUUGCCACGUGUGCUGCUGUCUUCAUUUCACACAGAGCCUUGAAUAUCCAUGUCAUGUGGUUUGCAAAGGCCCACAAAGCUGAACUCUGGCUCAUCCGAAUUCUAGUCCAGAAUGGCCUGGUGCUGUAUGCAACGUGGACUACCAUCGCCACUCUGCUGAAUUUUGCUGUCGUGUUGAUCUACAAGUGGAAUGUGUCUAACGAGAAAGCAACCACUGCCUCUCUGUCCAUCCUUGCUCUGAGUCUAGUAAUAUGGUUUUAUCUAGAAAACUUGUUCCUUGACAAGUACGUCCAUUACAACCUCACAGUCUACCCAGUGAUCAUAACAGCUCUGACUGGCAGUGCAUGCAAGAACUUCUCGCUUUCAUCCCCAACAACCAAUGGCAUUUUUAUAGUUGUGCUACUGGCAAUGACUAGCGUUAUCUUUGCUGUUCGGCUGGGACUCGUCAUAUGGAGACGCCGUAAGCAACUACUAGACCCACCAGCAACCCCAGAUCCAUCAGGCACAGUGGCCUGAGACUUCUGAUGCAGUGAUAUGUCACUGUGUGUGGCAGGUGUUUUGGAGAAAUAAUAACUGGGUGUCCUGCAUACGCUGGUCCUCUUCUGGUUCUAAUUGCUUUGUAUUUUUUAAACUAUUUUUUUGUAUUCCAGAGUAGGAUGGUUUGUCUGCAAACCCAUUCUGCUCCUGUGUUCUCCCCUCUCUGAUCAGUCCCCACCCUGAAUCUGCACCUUCCCUGGCUUGUUCUGACUGAAUGGAGUAGUGGCAGGAAAGGUCCUUCAGAUGAACAGUCCUGUGCCUGUGUUUGACUGAAUUGCAGCUUUCUGCUCCUUCCAGUGUGAUGAGGGCUGCUAACAGACACUUGGCAGGUUUGCACAGAUGGUUGUUCAGUCUUUCCUUGAGACCUCAUUUCUUCAGAAGUUAGAGUGCAGCUCAAACUGAACUGUCUGCAGGAGUUGAGGUGAGCAGUGGGAGAUCUGUCACUCCUUACUGAUCUUGGCCACUGGCCUCUUCAGUGAUGAGUAUCUGCAAGUCCCACUGGCAUGAGCAGAUUCCCUGCAGGAAGCCAUUGCUCCCCUUCCUGCUUCCAUCUGUCAUGAUAAAGAAAAGAUGCUGCAGCUCUAGAGACCCACUUUUGUGGUGUCAGCCCUGAGGUUCCACAUCCAAGGGGAUGCUGGUGGGGCGGUGACUGAAUCCUUUGACACAGCUGCAACAGUCUUUAACUGAUUUCAGCAUGUGGUGGUUCCACUGACUCUAGAAAUGGAAGAUGCAUUCACUUUUCAGCAUGAGACAGUACAGCCUCUGGGUUUCUGCCUUAUUUUUUUCCCCUGACUCUUCUCAAUGAAAUUUUUUUAUUGUCAGGGGUUCUGUUUGUGGCCCCACAAUGGGCAAUAGUGAAUCUGUGCAAUUCUUGAUCUGCCUAUGAGACAAAUGAGAUCUAGGUCAGGUGAGAGCAGUGGUUUGCUUUUCUCUGGAGCUAUGCAGUGCGAGCAAUGCAGAAUUUGUGCUGGCUGGAUGCCUCCUGCUGGAGGGUGGUUUGUAGCCCUUCUCACAGAAGGCUAGAUGUACAGACAAGAUGAUACCUGAUCUAGGGAAAGCCUGCUGCUUCAAAGGGAGCCUGUUCAAAUUUUUCUUGAACUGGUAGAGUGAGUUCAUCCUAGAUCAGUGCUUUUUCAUGUAGCUGCACCACUUCUGGCUUUAUUAGGAAGCCUAAGAGUGGAUUGACUGAAUUGUCAAACCACAUCCUCUAUUUCCUCUCUCUAGUGGAAGGAUUAAUGGGGCUUCACAGGCUUCUACUGGUGCAUGGAAAGUGUUUGGAGAUGGCGAAGUUCAGAGUAGCAUCUCUGUAAGCUGUCAUCUUUAACAGGGGUUUCCAGCCUGUGGAUUAAGGGGUGCAGGUAAGGGAGCUAGAUGGCAAGAGGCUGUACUGCAGUUAAUGCAUGGGCAACUGUGCUGUCCUUCCACAGGACUGGGCAGGAAGCCUCCAGGGCUCUGGGAAAGAUAUGCAAACCUGAUGUCUGUGCUGGACAAACUACCAGGAAACUAUACUGCAGGAUACAAUUAAUAUACAAAUUAGCUGGGGAGAGUCUCCAGGAUGAAGCUAUGCUUCACACACCUCUUCAUCUCCUUUGAAGGACUCAAAGCCCCUAGAUAAGGGUGAGCUGUUUUAUUUCUCCUGGCUUCUGAGGAAACUUGGCAGCUAUGGCCUAAAAGGGAACAUCCUUCUCCAGGUAGCUAGGAAAUAGAGGGGCAAAGGUGCAGGUCAGGUCUCUCCCAAAAGGGACACUGCUGGUGUGUUUCAUGGGACCUGGGCUGGUUAACAAAGUCAUUAGAAACCGAGGGAGGAUAAGCUAGUCUGAUGGACAGUCCUCUAGGAGAGUGAGGGGAAAGGCCUUGAAAGGCUGAAGGGUUAGGCAAGGAGUACAUGGAGAUCAUCCUUAUGCCUCUAAACAGAGCCAACCAGCUUUAUGGUGCUGGUCCCUGCCCUGCCAGAAGGGGAUAGAGGGUUUGGAUAAGGCAAUAGCAAUGACUGGAGGCUUGGAAAAGCACCUGCAUGAGGGAUGACUGAGCAGGCCAGGAGGCUUCGAGGGAAAGGAGAAACCUCCCUGGGGGGACUAGCUGAGCCAAGGUGGAUCUUGACCCAAGGGGCAGCAAACUGAGGACGGGGGAAGGUGAAGAGUUAGUGUGGGCUAGGGAGAGACUUGGCAAAUGCGAAGAAGAGAUGCAUAAGGGCUUUACUAGAUAGAUGCUGCUCUCCACUCCACUCCUCAAUGAGCUGCAAGGAGAUUUUCAAAGGCCUCUUUUUGAGUGCUGAUGAGGUGCUGCAGCAGCAUUGAGUCAGUCUUUUGCAGACCUCACCAGGAGAAAGCCCCUGGCAACUCCCCCAACACAAUUAGACUGAGCCAGCGCUGACCCUGGCCACACGCAAAUAAAGCUGCUGGCUGCCAGAUUCCCAUCGAGCAAUGUUUCCCCAGAGCUGCGACAGGCCUGGGAAGGGGCAGCCUGGCAGAAAGGAGCCUCCAGCACAGCCCAGACCUCAGUCGGGGCCGGAUGGCUGCCUGCAGCAGAGGUUCACACAGCUGUGGCCCACUAGCAGGGCUGUCCCAGCACAGAGCUCCAGCUGGUUUUGGGAGAAGUGCGUUCCCUUGUGUUUGUGACGGGAGCCUAAAACUAUUGGCACUCUGCCUUUGCCCCCUUUCACUAGGGGGAAAAUGAGAAUGAAAAAGUAGAGUGUGAACUCCCCCUUCUAGUUCACAAUGCACUAUUUUUAAAAGCCUUCUCUCUGGAAUGUCUUGUUUCUAUUUAUUUUGAGUUUUCAAAAAUACCAGUGAUGUUGUUUUCCCCCACAACAGAUCCUUCUCUCAACAACGCUCUGCUUUAUGAAGCCAAAAACCUGCCAACUUUUUCGCAAAAAUAAUCUCUCCAGCCUUUGUUUCCAUGAGUGAUUAUAGGAUUUGGGUGAAUUUUAAAGGCUUUAAAGUUUCUUGGAAAGCUGUGGGCUUUUAGAACACAAAGCCUGAAAUGUCUGCUCCAUUUCUGAAAGUGCAAUUCAGCGCCCUGGCAAACACCCCUAUGUCUCAUGUCCCAGCCCAGGAUGCUCAGUGCCACAGUUUCUGGGGACAGUGACUACCACAACACAUGUGGAGUCCUGCAGUGGUCAGGGAUGUGCCAUCGCAGCUCCGCUCGCUGAGACUGGUUGUAAUGAGUUGCCAAGGCUCCCUCUCCUCACUGUGGGGCUGAAAGAGGGGUGGUGUUGGAAAAGUUAGACAUGAAAUUGUUCCUGGGACCACAUUGGCCAGUGGGUGGCUGUUGCCCCAGUACUGAAAUUCAGCUUUAAAGCAGUGUUUGGUGUUUUCCUCUGCAACGCAGUGCUCAGGGGAGGUUACCUGAGAAAUGUCCCACAGCACUGGAUAGGCAGGACAGCCCGUUGCUCAAGGGGAGAAGGUCCCUGCUGAGAUUGUGGCCCCAUGCAAAUUUCUUGUGGAAGUGGAAACAUUUCAGUGACCCUUUUGGUGUCUGUUCAGCUGUGAAACCAAGGAAGAGUGCUCUGGGGGGGCUGGAGGGUGAAUGCCAGGCAAGCUGCUGAGAGGCCAGAAACGUGUCCAGGUCAGAUAGUGUCAUGCUACCGCUGAGUCUGGCGGUCUCCAUGGAAAGAAAGCAGGGUGGUUCCCCACCAGUUUGUUAGUAUUUACUCCUGAAGGCUCUAAAAGAUGGGCUUGACAUAGGUCUGGACGUUAGUGAAGCUGCAAGACCGUUGUUUUUAGUAAAAAUUCCUGGGCAAAUCUCACUUGGAAAAAUGUUGAAUGGAACAAAUUGUGGGUCAAGGCAAACAUGCAUUUGACUUGAGAGAGCAAACACAUUAAUUGCAAGGGAAUUUUAAAAAUCAUGUUACAAGGUCCAGGGUUGGGCUCUCAUUAAAGCCUCUGUGGCUUUCAGAGGAAAACGUGCCUCAUUUCUUGGAUUGGGGCUUCAACUGCUUAGCCUAGAUACCUAGGGUCUUGCUGCCAAUGCGGACAAGCAACACGUGACUUUUCGGAAGGGCUGUCUGGGGUAAAAUCCUCCCAGAGACCAAGCAAACCAAAUCCCCCUGAGGAGACAGAUGUUGAACUGUGGUGAGGCCUUGUCCUGCGUGAGGGCUCUCACAUUUCCCCCUACCUCCUGCCAGGUGUUUUCUACGUCUACAUUGCAAUGGGCAGAAGCGUCUGGGGUAGGAAGACUCAGCUGUCUCCUCCUUGGCUACCCCAAGAGCAAAGGAGAUCCUGGGCUACAGGCAGGUUUCUCUUAGACAACAUGUGUCAGUAGAAGCAUGCACCAGACAAGUGCUCCCUGGAGCCCAGUCCUGCCUGCAGCCCCGGGGCCCGUUGCUCCCUCUCCUGAUGCUCUUUGCCAUAUAGUUUGGGCACUGAGGGCAGGGAGAGCACAGUCAGGAGGCUCUCCUGACACGUUUCCAAAAACAGAGCACCCAGGCAAAGGAGACGUUGUGUUAUGACCUAAUUUGUUCUUGGCUUGAUGCUACCCUCGGUGCUAAUUAUAUUAUAUUACACUACCGGUGCGAAAAAAGAAAAAGAAUUGAGACUGCUGAAGAGAAGAAACGUUACAAUAUGAUGCAAAGCACCAAAGCAUAAAGCAGAUUUACCUUUAAUCUGAAAUUCAGCACAAGACUAUCGCAAUCCCACUGUAGCGCCACAGCCAGAGGCUGUGGGAGUAGCAAGUGGGUGCAAGGGCAACGUUGUUUCAUGGGACUGGGGCAGCCUGGAGGUGAGAUGCUGAGAUAAGGGUGCUCAGUUGGGCAAGUGGCACCAUUUCGUUCCCUACCAGUGAUGCUGGGCCACCAGCGCCAGCAGAUAACGCAAACGAGUCCCUCUAAUGCCUUGCCCUUUCCUAAGGCAUUGCACCAGAGCAGCAUCAGCCUUGUAGCUGGGAUGCAAAAUAGCCUAGCCGUUGUGCCUCCAAUACUCGUUCUCUGGGCUUGGAGCAAAUCCUUUUGUUCCCCUCUGUGCCGCCAUGUCCUUAUCUGUAAAACAGAGAGGAACAGGAAUAGCAUCUUCACGAAGGACUGUGAAGAUCUUCAGAUAAAAGCACAAAAUACAUAUGGCGAUGAUUAAAGGGCUCUGCACCCUUUGCUAUGCACAGAAUCUAAACAUGCUUAGGCCACCACUGGGCUAUUCCCUUUGAAAACUGUUAGAUGUUUUGAAGUUAAAUAUUUAUUUUAUCAGCCCAGAGCUGGGACAGCCUUGUGUCAGGAGAUUAGCUCAAUGAGCUCUGUCAAAGGCAUCUCAGCAAAGAGUUACAGGCUCAGGCAUGACUCAUGCAUGGGCUGAACAUAUGGGAAAAAAUGCUGAAAUAACCCAAGAUCUUGACCCUAUUCCCAGCAGAGCUGGAAUUCCAGCAAGAGCAUACAUGAACUUUAGGACCAAGUAAUGGGCUUCCCUGUUGGAAACUUUGACUCAAAACCUUGAAUAGCCACACGAGAAAGCAGUGUUUUUCCCUCCUCUUUGGGAAGAAGGAAUGUUGAAGACCCUUGCCCAGGUAUCAGAUAAAAUGUAGUAUUGGAGCAACUGAGUAAGAGUAUGGCUUGCUCUGGAUAGGACUGACUGGGACUAGGGAUCACUAGAAGCGAUGGUGACGUUAUCUAGUAACUCGGUUUGUCUUCUUAAUGUUAUUCUAAUAAAAGCUCGAGCUUAAAAGGCUGAGCAAUACUGGAAAGUAUUUAGCUUAAGUGACCCAUGAUACAAAUUAUUUCCACCAGAGACAGAAAAAAGCUUGUGCGUGUGUGUAUGUGAGUGGGUAUAUGCACGUGGGUGUGAAAUCAAGAGCAGAAAGUCUUGUUUCUCUCCAGCGUUGGUGUUGCUCUGCUCUAACUCUGAGAGCUGGGAGCGUUUCGUCGGUGAGCGUAGCUCCCUUUCUGUGCCUUGCCACGAGCUGGAAACUACAGCUCUUGCUUUCCAUGAACACAACGCAUAUUUUGUCAUGGGUUCUGCAGGAAUAGAGAAAAGACAGGAAAGGAAAGCAAUUAGGGCCUCCCUCAAAACCCCCCAACGGCAGUGGGGCUCGUGCUGCAACCUCAGCCUUAGUGACAUGGCUGCUUGGAGGACAGGUAGAUCCCAAGCAAUCAUUUGCUAAUAAAAGACCUCUGCAGCUUAGAGAGGAGCAGAAACAACCAGUUAGGAUCAAAAUAAAAGCCAGUGGUUAAAGAAAGACCCCAGCCGGAUGUGGUGCCGAUGGCUCAAGCAUGCGCCCGAGCGGGAUUGGUUCACACCAGCAGCCGUGGCCAUCUCUGGGACUCCCUUUUACGGGUGACAGCUACCCAGCUACCACAGGGCACAGUGAUAGGACUGCAAGAGACUCCGCGCCAAAAGGUACGUCACACUAAAGCAUAGCCCAGACAACCAGCACGUCUGUGCCACCACUCUGGGCUCUAAUAACGACUCACCGGGUGUGAAGCGCGAGUGUUGCUCUUCAGAAGCUGCUCAUUCAUAGCAGGUCCCAUGGCAUUGCGCCUGCUUUGAAGUCCCCUAGCAGUGAGGCCAGCUGCUUUCACCGCAUGCAAACCCCAGGCAUCUGCUGGCCUCGGGCACUUCUUUAGAAGUUCAAUUUUAAAUUACCCAGAACUAAUUAAAAUCUGUAAGUUUAAAACAAACUGCUGUGAGAAAAAAAAAACUUGAAAACAUUUUAAUUAAACCAUUUGAAAAGAGCAGAAAUCAUAAGGAAGCAUCCAUUGCAUGACUGAUAACAAGAGCAGCAGCAAAGCCUAGGUCUAUUUCCAACAUGCCCUAAUAGUUUUCAUCCCGUAUGCUGGGAGCGCUAGAAGAGACCGGUGUGACAGGACGUUGCUGGUGUCUCCUGGCAGCACAAAGUCUCUGCGGAAAGCUAAAGCUCUCAGGGCUGUGGGAUCAGGUAGUUCUUGUGCUGUGUUGGGGUUUGCGAGGGCUAGGGCUGGUAACAGCUUGUGCGCAUAAUGGUUUCUGUCGACCGCUUUUCCAGGUUUCUUACUGGGUUUCCUCUGGCCUGAGCUCAUGCAUUCGCUAAUUGGGUACUCAGAUGCAAAAUAAUGAGGUGUUCACGCGUGAAUUAAAUGGGUGCAUGUGCGUAAACUAAUCAGGCGCUCAUGCAUGCACUAACUGAGCACCUAUGCAUGCACUAAUUAGGUGCCCAUGCAUGAAAAAUAGGGCUCUCACGCCCAAACUAGUUUGGCACUCAUGCGUGAGCUAUGUGGUUGACCAUGCAUGCACUGCCUGGGUGCCCUUGCGUAAAUCAAUAGGAUGCUCACACGUGAAUUGUUUGGGUGCUUAUAUGUAAACUAGUUGAACGCUCAUGCAUAAAUUAAUUGGGUGCUUAUGCAUUAAGCACCCAGUUAAGGUCAUGCAUGAGCUAAGUGGGUGCUCAGGCAUAAAUGAAUUGGGCACUCAUGCAUGAACUAACUGGGUGCUCAUGGGUGAGUGCAGCAAACCCUGUAGUUUAUACCUGAAAUGCCACCGACCAGCAAAAGCCAAACAAGCUGAGGGUCACACACAUCCUCCAUGACCAGCCAAACGGGCACAAGUGUGGUAUGGGACGUUUUUGUCUGAUCACGCUGGAGGGGCCCAGGACAAGCCCCCACACCCUGGUGAUGCUGUGGGCAUUUCCACCUCUAUGCAAGAACCUGCUAUUUGGAUUUUCCUGCUGUCUCAGGGACCAUGGGCCAGCUCCUGACUAGCUGUGAGAGGCAUCCAACAGCAGGGACGCUGCUGGGGUGUCAGGUGGAUUGGCUUUCUCUGAGAAACAUCACACAGUCUGCUUUGGGAUACUACAUUUAUGCAUCUCCUCAUGCUGUUACACCAGCAAGCAGCAUCUCUUUGAUGUGAAGAGUUGGGCUCACCUUGCAAUAAGCCAACGCGAAAUGAAGAGCGCAUUCUCGUUGCAUAUAGUAUCAGCCAGAAAAAUACACCCUACUCAAAACGGUUGGAAGUGAAGCUGCCCUCCUCACUUGACUGGUAUGGUUUACAAGGAUGGGUGGAAAACUAUGAAAAAUACUGUUGAGCUUCCUCGAACAAGAACAUCUUGUUCAGUCAAAUGCAAAGACAGUCCUUGAGGGCGCUCCCAAAGAGCCACGGAGACUGGGUAAUGGUAAUAACGCCAGUGUCUCACUAGGAAAAUGGAAGGGAAGCAUUUGAUAAUUAU